CUACAGGACGCAAUCAACAAGAGCAUGGCUGAUAUUACAUACGAGGAGGCUGCAAAAACAAAUCUGCUGUGAUUUAACUUCUUGUUCCUUCACCCGUUCCGCCAUUCAUCAGAUUUAUUGACCAUGAGCAGCAGUGGCGAGAGUUCAAUUGAAAGCGAAGAUGAAGAGCUCAAACAACAAAUUCCAAUCUUUGCAUUGGCUCCUCAAGUAAAUGUGGAGGAGAAAGGUCCAACUGAUGUCUCUGCAAGCCCAGCAUUUCGCUGUCUCGAUCAGUUGCUGUCUGAUGGAAAAGUCACUGGAGUGAGAGUGGCAGAACUAAAAGCAAGUUACUCGUUGCUGCAUGAGACUCUGAAGAGUACUCAAGAGUCAGAGAUCCAGUUGCUUCAAAAUGCUAAACGCUUUACAGCAGAAAUUGAGCAGCAGCAACAAGAGUUAAAUCAUGCUGAUCAGUUUCCAGAAGGCUGUGACACUGAGGUGAGCAAAAUGAGGCAGCAGCUCCUUAAGUUCCAGAAUGACUUGGACGAGAUAGAGGAAAGAAAAGAUCACCUUCAAUAUAAGCUGCAGAGCCUACAAGAAGAAAAGAAUAUGCUGGAGAAAGAGUAUGAAGCAAUACCAAAGCCAGGGGAAUUAGAAAAAAAGACCAAAAUUUUAAAAGAGAGCUGUGAGGAGCUUCGGAAGGAAAUCACACAGCGGAAACUGGAAAUAAAAAACUUAAAAGAAGAUAUGGAGACAAAGCAAAGGCAGACGCAACGUGAGCAGAACGAAUUUAAUGAAAAACAGGAGGUCGUGGAAGAUCUGAAGAAUGAAUUAGUCCAGCUGCAUUCCAUUCCAGACCAAGUGGGGAAGGAGAUUGAAAAGAUAAAUCGCAAAAAAAUUGACUUAGACAAAAAAAGAGCAGAACUAGAGGAUCAAUUCUCCGAGUUAACCACAGAACAGAAGCACACAGAAUCCAAGUUUAAGAAGUUAAUGGAGGAGAAACACGAUAUCAUGAAGGUUCUGGAGAAGAAGAGAGCAGAGAUAGAAGCUAAAGAAAAGGAGCAAAGCCAGCAAAUCAAAGAACAGGAAAUCACCAAAGAGAAAGAAGAAGCAGCCAUGGCAGACAGAGCAGUUUUGGAUCUUAAUUUGCGGCACAUCAUGCUGGAAAAGAAGACACAACAUGACAAUUUGGCCUGGAAGUUGAGAGAGAAAGAAAGAGAUCUGCGCAACUUGAAGAAAACUGAACUGCAGCUAAAGCUGGCUAACGAUACACUUUCUAAUGUACAGGCUCAGUAUGAAAAGAUUCAGUUACAGGUGGAUUCAGCUCCCAAAGAAGAUGGAAGUCUAUCUGAUAAAAGAAGAGAGUUGCAAAAAGAAGUUGAAGCUGUGAAGCGAAAUGUAGCACAGCAGCAAUCCUUGACGGAGGCAGAGGUUCGCAUGCUCGAGCAAUGCUUUGCAGAGGAGCAGCACCUUUUGAAGGUUCAAAGCCAGUGUCAAGAGGAACUGAUUCAUCUCACUCGACUGGUGCAAAUCAAGACUGAUGAACGAGAACAGAAAUCAAGAGAUUUUAUCAAAGCAGAGCAAAGGAACAGUCGUAUUAUCAGAGAAAUUAAAGGUAAAAAUUUGGUUAUUGAAGAACACAAGAAGAAGUUCCAAGAAGUUCAAGCAAGGUUGAAGGUAUUUGGAAAAAUGUAUGACAUCAUUAAGAAUGAGCGGAACAAAUGUGUUAAUCUCAUUCAGACAGCAUCACAGAGGACAGCAGAAAUGCAAGAGAAAUGCAAAAUCCUGGAAAACGAGAUUGAAAUCCUUCGGACCAAAGCAGUAAAUAAAGACAGGACCUUGCAGAAGAUAAAACUGAAGCAUAUGAAUAGCCAUAUCAUGAGAGACAGUCUGAGAAAUGACAUCUCCAAAGUUAGCCGUAUCCUCCAUGGAAUGAGAGACAAGAGAGAGGAGCAGAAGAUGGACAUUGGCAAGCUCACCAGUCUGAUAAAUCAGGCUGAGGAAGACAUGGUGAAACUGCGUGAGAAAUAUCAAACAGCAGUACAGAACCGGAACGAAAGGGGUGUGCAGUUAAUUGAACGAGAAGAAGAGGUCUGUAUCUUCUAUGAAAAAGUCAAUGUUCAAGACACCCUAAUCCGUAAUGGGAAUAUGGAAAUCCAAGCCAUGGAGGAUGAGAUCAAGUUUCUGAAGCUUUUAAUUGCUGAAGAGGAAAGGCAAAUUGAGCUAACCCGUAAAAAUGUUCCCAACAAAAAGUCCAUGGAGUCUGAUCUUACCCUUCUUCAAAUACAGCUGUCCCAGUGUCAAGACAGAACAUUAGAGCUGGAAAAGACAUUGGAGGAUCCCACUAAAGAGAGCCGAACCAGAAUCCUUGAGGGAAAAGAUAUGUCACCAUCAGAGCUCACCAAAAAAAUCGAAGAGCUUGAAAUGCGUCUGGCAGAAAAGGAGGAAAAAUUACUAGAAAAAGAUCUAAUUUAUGAGCAAAUUACCAAGUUAUCCCAGCGCAUCCGUCUCAAAGCAGAAAAUGGCAAGGAGGAUACACUAUUCUUGGCAAAGAAGAUGAAUGGCCUGCAGAACAAAAUUAAAGAAACGACACGAAAGAUGAUGGCAGUGGUUUCUGAGCUCUCCAUGCACCAGGCUAAGGCAAUAAAAAUGCAACAAGAAGUGAAAGAAAAGGAAGAAUUCCUUGAGACCUGCAACCAAAGGCUUGAGCAAGGCCUUCCACCGAGUCAAGAAAUGGAGAUGGAGUGGCUCAAGAUUUUGAGAGACGAACAAAGACAUAGCAAAGACAAUCAAGAAAAAGACAAGAUUAUGGAAGAGGAAUCAUGGCACCAUCUACCAAAUGGAGUAUACACUACUGUGGAGGCACGACCCAAUGCAUAUAUACCAGAUGAUGACAAUGGCCUACCUCUACCACGGCCGUACGGCGCUUUGGCCCCAUUCAAGCCCUCUGAGCCUGGAAGCAAUAUUAGACACUUCAGGAAGCCUGUAAUCAAACCCAUUGAAAUAUAACAAAGAACUGGCAAGAAUAAAUGAAAUGGGGCUAUGGAGAAAGG